CGCGCUUCAACGGCUCAGUAACUGUUGCGUUCCAGACUUUGGUCCCACCACUGGAGACUGUCAGUUUCUCCAAUUCCGACUGCUGCCCAAAGCCAAAGGAAUUCUGGCCCCCGGUAUGGGCGACCUGGAGCUGCUGCUGCCCGGGGAGGCUGAAGUGCUGGUGCGGGGCCUGUGCAGCUUCCAGCUCAGGGAGAUGGGAUCUGAAAGGUGGAGUAAGCAACAUGAGAACCUGGAGAAGCUGAACAUGCAAGCCAUCCUUGAUGCCACUGUCAGCCAGGGUGAGCCCAUCCAGGAACUGCUGGUCACCCAUGGGAAGAUCCCAACCCUGGUGGAAGAACUGAUUGCAGUGGAGAUGUGGAAACAGAGGGUGUUCCCGGUGCUGUGCAGGCUAGAGGACUUCAAGCCCCAUAAUACCUUCCCUAUCUACAUGGUGGUACACCAUGAGGCCUCCAUCAUCAAUCUUCUAGAGACAGUGUUCUUCCACAAGGAGGUGUGUGAGUCAGCGGAUGACAAGGUCUUGGACCUAGUGGACUAUUGCCACCGCAAGCUGAUAAUGCUUGUGGCCCGGACUAGCUGUGGGGACCCAUCUGAGGAAGAACAGUCCCAGGACAGUACCCCUAUGCAAGAGCUGCAGAAACAGGCCGAGAUGAUGGAAUUUGAGAUCUCACUGAAGGCCCUCUCGGUGCUUCGCUACAUCACCGACUGCGUGGACAGCCUUUCCCUGAGUACCUUGAACCGAAUGCUCAGUACUCACAACUUGCCCUGCCUUCUGGUGGAGCUGCUGGAGCAUAGUCCCUGGUGCCGGCGGGAAGGAGGCAAACUACAGCAGUUUGAGAAUGGCCGCUGGCAGACAGUGGCCCCCUCAGAACAGCAAAGACUAAGCAAGCUGGAUGGGCAAGUGUGGAUCACCCUGUAUAAUCUACUGCUCAGCCCUGAAGCCCAAGCCCGAUACUGCCUUACGAGCUUUGUUAAGGGACAGCUGCUCAAGCUUCAGGCCUUCCUCACGGACACACUUCUGGACCAGCUGCCCAACCUUGCAGACCUGAAGGGUUUCCUGGCCCACCUGGCUCUGGCUGAAACCCACCCCCCUAAGAAGGACCUAGUGUUGGAACAGAUCCCGGAAAUCUGGGAUCGGCUGGAGCGAGAGAACAAAGGUAAAUGGCAGGCUAUUGCCAAGCACCAGCUGCAGCAUGUAUUCAGCCCCUCAGAGCAGGACCUUCGCCGACAGGCACAGAGGUGGGCUGAAACCUACAGGCUGGAUGUCCUAGAGGCAAUAGCUCCAGAGAGACCCCGCUGUGCUUACUGCAAUUCAGAGGCCUCCAAGCGCUGCUCCAGAUGCCAGAGCGUGUGGUAUUGCUGCAGGGAUUGCCAAGUCAAGCAUUGGGAGAAGCACGGACAGACAUGUGUUCUAGCAGCCCAAGGUGACAGAGCCAAGUGAAGGCUGCAACUUCUGACGGCCGGAAUGUGACUCUGAGACUCAGGAGUUCUGCCUGGCCCCUCUCAGACCUCAAUUUCCCUAGUGGCGAGCACAGCUGAGUCAAGUAGAGCUGCAAACCACAAGCACCCGACAAGCACACAAGCAAAGACUCUUCACUUCCUGCCCCACCCCACGAAUAUGUAAGAAGAGAUCCAGGCCUCAGCAUCAGCAAACGGGCAGACGGGGGGGGGGGGCUACGCAAGGGCCGGAUGUAGAGACCCUUUUCCUUUAUCACAGUAAAGCGGACACGAAACGCA